AUGAGUCUGAAUCGAUACGAUCAAAAGGCGUGGUCGCAAGGAGUUAAUGAAAAUGGUAAAAGGCUGGAUCGUUAUCGCAGAGGAGAAGAUCAAAGGGAUGACUUUUCCAGAACAUCUCCUUACGAAGAGACAGGUAAAUAUAAACCCUUGCUGAGAAAUAACUAUGGAAGAAGAGAUGAUGAUCGUAUCUAUAGGAAUCAAAACAGAUAUGGCAGAAUGCAGUCAGACUUUAAUCAAAGCAGAGAUAGUGGUUUAGGGAUAAGAGGAAAUGAAAAUGCUAAUUGGGAAACCUUCAAUUCAUAUACUUCUCGAAGGGAUAAUUAUGGUAGUCAAUCAGUAGGUACUAGAGGAUAUGCAUAUAGAAAUAGGGCAAGGGGAGAUUUUCAAAAGCCUGUAAGUAGGCUUCAGAAGUCAAAUGAACCUGAACUUACGAGCGAGGAAAGAAAGUUGAAAAUCGAGAAACGAUUAAAAGAUCUUGAAAACGUCGAACCUAUAGAGGCUGUUAGGAUAACGGAGUCGCAAUGGAGUGUAAAACCGAAAGGUUUUGAAGACGUCUCGGCACAAAGAGCAAAACUAAGUGGUCUUUUUCCUCUCCCUGGCUAUCCCAGACCAGUCGAUUUCACAAAGCUUGAAGGGGUCGUAAAAGAUAGAUUGUUGAACAAUAUGGACAUACUUAAGGAGGAUUCUAGGAUUGACCCUAUCGAUUCUAGAAUGUCGAAAACAAUUUUAGUGAAGAAUAAUUUCGAGAAGAUAAGUUACUUCAAAGUGGUUGAAUAUUUGAAUAAUUUUUUAAGGAAGGUAGAUGUCAAGGAAAGAGAAGUUCAAUGUGUCGAAAAUAAGCGCAAAUCGACUGAUGACCAAUUGAUGGUUUUGGAAUUCAAACACAGCGUGUUUGCGACCAUAGUAUUGGCGCUCAAUGAAUUGCAGUUGCCUCUUUCGCUUUUUGAAGAAGAGUCGAACUCGUUGGAUAAUAAUGGAGAGGUUGUUUUACUUCAUUUGGAAAGACCUCAAGAAUAUAUUGUCCAAGCACUCCCUAAAUAUGACUCGAAACCUGAUGAGAUAGAAAGUGAGGUUAAAGAUAGCCCUAGGAAAAUUACGAUCCUUGUAUCUAAUGAUAAUCUGGAAUCAUCAAUGGUUGAAAUGCUUCAGGAGAUUUGUCCUUUGAAGGGAUUUAAAUUACUUAGAGAGGUGGGAACCAAACAGUCAUUGGGAAUCGCUUUUAUUGAAUUCUAUAUCGAUCCAAAGUUACCAAAUACUGAAACAAUUUUAGAAUUGCAAUCAUUAAUAGAGAAUUUAAAAGAGAAGGAAUGGAUUAAAAAUGCAUUUUUUUCUUGUAUCUCGCCAGACAAAACUAGCAUACAAGAAUGCCAAACAGACUUUAGUAGCUUGAGAGCUCUAGUAAAAAAUGAGUUCGUAACUGCUCACCCCAAACUGAGAGUAAUACAACUUAUCAAUCUUGUAACUGCAAAAGAUUUGAUUGAUGAUUUGAACUUCAAAUUUAUAGAAGAAGACGUAAGGUCAGAACUCUCCAAAUUUGGUCAAAUUGUAUCAAUAAGGAUACCAAGGCCUGCAAAUGAUUACACUCCUGGGUUGACUCAAUUUAUACAGCCUGGACUAGGUAAAAUAUUCGUUGAAUUUGAACACGAUGAAGCUGCCUUGAAUGCAAUAAUGGGGACAGCAGGACGUAAUUUCAAUGACAGAACUGUAAUAUGCGCAUAUUAUGACUAUGACGAUUAUAGACACGGAAUACUUUAA